AUGGCGACAAAGUCCUGGAACUCUUCUGUCGGACUUCAGAUUAGCAAAGUAACCACAAAUGGCAAAAUGACAUUCAAAAGCAACUUCUUCGGAUCAUUCGCCGCAGGACUUUUCAUUCCGCCAAACACAAUCGACUUCGACAAGGUUUUCGCCAACUUCUCCACCCUCUUAGCUCAAAGCCCGCACGUUCUCAUCGUUAUGUGUUCUCUAUUUGUGCUAUAUAUUCUAUUACUUAUAUGGGCUAGGAGAAAAGAUAUACAGGAUAAUGAGAAGUGGGAAUACACGCAUCUAAUAGGAAAUGACCGCUAUGACAGAGGCAAGUAUUUACUAAGUGUGUACACUGGUGUCAAGUCCCCGGUGAGGACCACCGCCAAGCUGUUUGUAGUACUCUAUGGCAAGGACGGUCAGACACAGCCGAAGGUUCUGAUGGACGGACGCCGGGAGAAUUUCACGAGAGGAUCAGUGAACAAUUUUGUCCUCACCACGCCUGAAACAAUUGGCAAGGUUACACAUCUACAUAUAUGGCAUGAGGAGACAGAAAGUAGCGGGGACUACUUCCUGGAAAAAGUAGUCGUGUACGAUAUUCUGCGAAGGGAAAGGUCACAUUACCAUUGCAACCAGUGGUUAUCAAUGUCAAGGGGAGACUGUCGCACAGUUCGCUUCAUGGCGUCCGCAGACUUCGAAGGCAUGAACGACUUCAACCUUCUCCUAACCAACAACGCCAGCAAGUUUCUGUUUGACGAUCAUCUCUGGUUCUCGGUGGCAAAGAGACCAACUCCCAGCAGACUGUCAAGGGUUCAGCGUCUCACCAUAUGUGUCGUGGUCUUAUUUCUGUGUAUGGUCUCCAACGCCAUGUGGUUUACAGAGAAUGAGGACACAACGACCGGCAUAAAUCUGGGCCCUAUUAGGAUCACUUUUAGGCAGAUUUGGGUAGGCCUUGUUAGUAGCGUUCUGGUUGUUCCUCCCACGCUGAUCACCAUGGCAAUCUUUAAACGAAGCAAACCAAGAAACUCCUGCAGCAGCUUCUUCCCAACAGAAAGGAUCGAUAGCCAACAGGAGAUCCCGUCGCUGAAAGGAGGCAAUGAGACAUUCCAUUUAGCUCUAGGAAAACUAAUCACAAGAGAAAUGCAAAAAGGCCCCAAAUAUCGGAAAAAGAACGAACAUUUUGAAAUGCUCAUUGACCUUCAGUUCGAAAUGGACAAUGAGAGGAGAACGUGGGCAAAACAGGCAAAAAAGAAAGGCAAACCCGUCAGGUUUCCGUGGUGGGCCGUGGUAUUCGGUUACAUUCUUGCUUUCCUGACGGUCUUCGCGUCGGCGUUCUUCACCUUGUCAUACAGUCUAGACUGGGGUCCAGAGAAGUCCACGGACUGGCUUUUAUCUUUUGUCUUUGCCCUGACGCAGUCCAUUGGUCUCGUGGAGCCACUGAAGGUCUUGCUGGUCGCCGUGCUGAUGUCGUGUCUGCUGAAGAUGCCGGGAGAUGAGGAGGAGGAAGAAGACAUGGUGAUAGCGGAGUACGCGCCCCAAAUAGGUGCAUUUUUUUCUGCGGUGGAUCAUCCGAAACCGAGCUUCAUCCCUGUCGCAGACAAAGUCAUCAACUUACAGAACCUGCGCACUAAAAGACGGACGAUAAGGAAAGAUCUUCACCUUACUGGGAAACUAAGAAACAUACUCUUACAUAUAUUUUAUCUUUGUCUACUGAUAGUCAUUUGUUUUGCUAACAGAGACACAAGAUUUUACCAACAGAACCGCAACUUGCAAAACAGCCUGCAGUUGACCGAUGAAAAGUUUGCCAAAGUACAGCGAAUAGAAACCAUCUUUUCCUGGUUGAAUGACACGAUAUUCCCGGCCGUGUUUCCCACUGAGGGUUACAAUGGAGAUCCGUACACGGAGGCAGACGAUCUAGCCUUCAUCCGGGACAUGAGAGGGCUGCGUCUCGGACCCUUGUUGCUACGACAACUGAGGGUGAAACAAAGUUCCUGCCAGACUGCAGAUUUUCUAAACAAGUACUUCAGCCAUUGCAACGUUAUGCUGAGCCAAGGAGGAAUGGAUAAAGGAGCAUAUGGUCCAGGUUGGGUAACUUCAACCUCGAGCGUCCCGUCACGAGUAAACCCAGCGUUUGUAUACUCUCCCCCUUCCGGUCCAAAUGAUUUGACCGUCUGCGGUCAUCUUGACCACUACGGCGGAGGCGGGUACAUGGUGGAGAUUAACUCGGCCCAGGACAGCGUUCACACUUUGACCAGUCUUAAAGACCUCAACUGGAUUGACCGUUUGUCCAGAGCGGUGAUUGUGGAACUUACCGUUAAUAACGCCAAUGUGAACGUUUUCUCCAUGGUCCGAAUCAUCGUGGAACUGCCGGCAAUGGGAGGGAUAUUCAUCAAGAAAGAGCUGGUCAGUUUCAGACCUUACCCUUACGUUGAACCUUUCGACUUCGUCCUUCUCAUCGUCCAAGUCAUCUGGGCACUUUUGGUCAUCGUACUGUUGGGGACAGAGGUUGUUAAGAUGGUCAAGUUAAAGAAGCAGUAUUUUCGCCAGAGUUGGCACUACAUUGUGCUAGGGGAUCUCUGCUUGUCGUUCACUAGCAUGGUGUGCUUUGUCCUCAGAACUGUGUACACCAUACUGGCGGUUGAAGAUGUGAAGAAUAGCGGGGGUCAUUUCGUUUGCUUUGAUCGGGUUGCUAUCUGGGACAACGCCUACACGGUGACCAUCGCCCUCGACCUUUUCCUGGCUACUCUACAGUUAUUUCGGCCACUGACCUUUAAUAAGCACCUUGCCAUCGUCCAGUCUGCUCUGACCCGAGCGUUUAUUGCAGUGACCAUAUACAUGUUUACUUUCGGCAUUUUACUAUUCUCCUAUGCACAGGCUCUGACCUUGGUGUUUGGUCCGGUGAUAGCCGCGUUUCGGACACUUCCCUACGCCAUGUUGAAUCUCUUUGGUGUCAUGCUGGGGGUGUUCAAGUACCAUCACGUCAUUACAGCAGAGACCGCUAUGGCCAGGAUAUUCUUUACAACGUUUGCCAUGACCAUGAACCUCAUUAUCCUGAAUAUGUUUAUAUCAAUAAUAAAUGAUGGACUGACGGAUGUGAAGGGGAACGAAGAGCUCCAGGAUUACGAUGAAGAAUUAGCGGAACACGUGUGGACAAAACUGGACUCGCUGCUACGGGCCAUAUUUCGAAGGAAGGACAAGUCGGCUCUUUCUGAUGAAGUCCAAGCGUCCACAAAGACCCCAGAAGCGACCACAGGAACGUCACCAAGCCAGGCACCUCAUGGAGCUAACGCUGCUUUAAGAAGACGUUCAAAGAGACGACAAAGUAAGGCCCAACUGGUUCUCGUUAUCGAAGAGGGUAGACACAGACAGCUGAAGAGGGCUAUGGUCGCUUCUUCGCAGAACCCGAAUAAGAGCAGCAGUGCAACAGCAGGCAGUUCAUCUCAGUCACCAUCUGCUGCUGAAAGCAGAAGUGCAACAGCAGGCAGUUCAUCUCAGUCUGCAUCUGCCGCUGAGAGCAGCAGUGCAACAGCAGGCAGUUCAUCUCAAUCAGCAUCUGCUUCUGAGAGCAGCAGUGCAACAGCAGGCAGUUCUCAUUUACCAUCUUUUACUGAGAGCACCACUGCAACAGCAGGCAGUUCAUCUCAGUCACCAUCUGUUACUGAGAGCAGCAGUGCAACAGAAGGCAUUUCAUCUCAGUCACCAUCUGUUACUGUGAGCAGCAGUGCAACAGCAGGCAGUUCAUCUCAGUCUGCAUCUGCUGCUGAGAGCAGCAGUGCAACAGCAGGCAGUUCAUCUCAGUCACCAUCUGCUACUGAGAGCAGCAGUGCAACAGCAGCAACAGCAGAAAGUUCAUCUCAGUCACCAUCUGCUACUGAGAAUGUCACUGCAACAACAGUAUCAACAGCAGACAGUUCAUCUCAGUCACCAUCUGCCACUCAGAGUGCCACUACAACAGUUUCAGCAAUAGAUAGUUCAUCUCAGUCAUCAUCUGCUACUGAGAGUGCCUCUGUAACAACAUCAGCAACAGACGGUUCAACUCAGUCAUCGACUGCAGCAGAAAGCACAACUGCAACAGUCUCAACAACAGAUAGUUCAUCUCAGUCACCAACUGCCACAGAGACAACAACUGCAACAGCAGCAGCAACAGACAGUUCAUCUCAAUCACCAACUGUCGCAGAGACAACAACUGCAACAGCAGCAGCACCAGAUAGUUCAUCUCAAUCACCAACUGCCGCAGAGACUACAACUGCAACAGCAGCAGCACCAGAUAGUUCAUCUCAGUCACCAACUGCCGCAGAGACUACAACUGCAACAGCAGCAGCACCAGAUAGUUCAUCUCAGCCACCAACUUCUGCCAUCAGCAGUACGAUUUCACCUUCUGCAACUUCAUCUCAAACCACUUCGGCAACUACCGAAACACCUUCAUUGACUUCCACAACGACUGCAACUCUGGCUUCCACCGCAGAAACUUCCUCUGUCACAGAAACCAGUUCGUCAUCGUCCGUGGCCGUUUCUUCCUCGGUAACCAACGGCGCCACAGACUGCACCAACGAUGCAGGAUGUAGGAAUAGAGGGCGCUGUGUCAGUGGAAGGUGUAACUGUAGCUCAGGCGCUAGUUGGGCUUUUACAGGGGCAAACUGCCAGAAAGUGGUACGGGGGAAUAGGAUGUACCCUUACGGUUCUUCACACGGCGAUUCUUUCCUCACUGGGGACGACCGGGUCACUUCUUUCCAGAUCCCAAUAUAUGUCAUCAUGGGGACGUCAAAGAAAUCCAGGAUCUAUGUAACAACCAAUGGGUACGUCUCCCUGGGGCAGAUAUACCUAAGCUACAGAAGCGCCGCCUGCAGCCGUCUUUUGAAUAAUGUACGAACCGCCAUUAUUGCGCCAUACUGGAUGGACCUGGAUGGUUGCACCGUGUACACGGGGAUAUACGAUUACUACAGUGACUACAACAACAAUAUUGCUGGGUCGUACGUGCUUCAGAGGGGCAGGGAGGAUGUUCAGAACUUUGCCAGCAGUGAUGUGUUUAACGCUACCAUGGCGACGGUGGUCACGUGGGAAGGUUGUCGUCCAUUUUCCUCCUUUGGAUCAAACGAGGAGGCCACUUUCCAAGCUGUUAUUCUUUCCGAUGGCGUACAGUCGUAUGUAAUAUUCAACUAUAAAGACAACGGUAUCAGUAUAGCGGCAACUACCAUAGAGAAGAAGGCAGCCCUUACUGUAACAGAUGGAAAUAAUUAUUGCAAAACGGGGAUUUUCUCAACGCAGGAAACAAUGGGGAGCAUUGAUAAGUUGGUGGGCAAUUCAGGUGAGAUAGGCGUUUGGUUCUACCAACUCUACACCAAUCCUGCUGAUAUCCCGAAUUACGACCAGAAGUGUCGAGACUGGGCAGCCCCACAUAGUCUGUUCCAGAUAGCAGUUUUCAGGGCGGUCGCCUUUCCCUGCCCUUGCUCUUUGUUCCAGGCUUGGAGGGACUUCACAUUCGCCAGAACGCGGAGAACAGGGAGCGAAUACAGUGGCGUGGUCUGCUUCACAGCAAGAUGGGAGGUCUUGGUGUUUGGCAAGUUAAUCGGCCAGGAAUGCUGCUACAGCAGGACCAACUUUGCCCUGAUCACUGAAGCUAACUCAAUAGCAACGGGCUCGCUGCAAGUGAAUCACGAGAGAUUUUUGCCUACGAAUUAUCUAGCACAAGACUUCAACCCGAAGCUGGACUGUUGCCUUCGUUCCGACAACUGUGAAACAUACUUCACUUACAGACCAAAUAAUGAUUGUCGAAAUUAUAUUCCACCCAGAUUUACCUUUUUCUUCGGUGACCCGCAUUUUAAGACAUUGGAUGGCCUACAAUACACAUUCAACGGGCGAGGGGAGUACUGUUUAGUGGAUAUGGCUAAUAAGACGUUCCUUCUGCAGACUCGUCUUGAGCAAGCUAUUCCCAAAGGCGGCGGAUUAGCCAACGCGACCAUUUUCAGCGCAUUUGUAGCAAAAGACAUUAAUUCGGACAAACUUCAGGUUCAAUUGACCGAGGACAGGCAAGAUAUGGAAAUAUAUGUGGGAACCACUCUGGUAUCACCAACACUACUAUCCAGUGGCAGCGCGGAGUACAACAACUUGGAUCUCCUCUACAGCGCCGAGCAGAAAACUUUAACUGCCAUAUUUGCUUCACAGGUGACGCUGAAUAUUACCCUGGGGGUGAACCUGCUGAUGUUCUCCGUUAACGUCCCCGAGAGCCGGGCCAGUCAACUAAAGUGCCUCAUGGGCAAUUACGACGGCAACACCGAAGACGAUCUCACUGCCAGAAACGGCACAGUUUUACCGUCGAACUCAACUGACGAACAGAUAUAUUACAAUUUUGGAGAAACUUGGCGUCUAACUGAAGCUGAGAGCAUGUUCGACUACCGUCCGGGUUAUUCCGCCGCCAAUUACACGGAUCCUUCCUUCCUGCCCGUGUUCACGGAGAAUCUCGAAGCAACAUACGGGACUGAAAAAUACAGCAGUGCCGUUGCCUUGUGUGAUAACCUUAAGGCCUGUGUAUACGACUUCUUGAUAACAGGCGACGGAAGUUUGGCCAAUGAAACCAGGGACUUUGAUGUUAACGCUGAGAAGAUUAAGCUUGAAAUAGAAAACCGCAGUCCAAAUAUCACAAGCAAUCCUAGGUCGCCGAUUAGAAUAACUGUAAACGUGGAAGAGAAUUUUGAACUAGAGUUCAUGGACCCGGAUAAUGACACCAUCACAGCUAGUUUGGCUUACAACAGGAGUUACACGGAAAUCAAAAACGUCACGGCUAACAAGUUGAUAUUCGCGGUGAAUGCCACGUCUGUGACCGUGAGUGGGCCUGUAGGGGUUCAGUUAACCGAUGGCAGGGGAGGAUCCACCACUUGGACCCCAACGGUUGACCUUUGUUCCGGUUGCAGUGGCCAAGGUUCGUGUAACUUCGACCAACUCCGUGACGGCCAAAAUGUCGACAGCUCCAUCCGUUUGGUUAACUGCAAUUGUUCAGUGGGCUACACAGGCGUGGACUGCGAGUCAGAAAUUGACGGCUGCGCAGACAACCCAUGCCCUCCAACCGGAAAUUGCACUGACCUGACCCCUAGCGAGGAGGAGACGCAGGGAGUGUCUUUUAGAUGCCUCUGUCCAUCCGGGUAUUUCAUACUCGGGUUGAAAUGCAUAGACAUUGACGAGUGUUCUAACGCGACACUGAACACGUGUAACACGUCCAUUUCAACGUGCGUUAACAUAGAUGGCGACUACACGUGCACCUGUCAUUCUGGAUUCAGAAAUACGGAUGCUAAAACGUGCGUCGAUACAGACGAGUGUACCGCCCGUAUUGACGGUUGCCAACAGAUCUGCACCAAUACGAUUGGAAACUUCACCUGUUCUUGCCAGACUGGGUACACUCUAGAUGCAGACGGGAAAAACUGCACUGCUACAGACAUUGCUGUAUGUGCGGGUCAUCCUUGUGUCUCCCCUGCGACUUGUUACAAUAACAACGGGUCACCUGGUUGUUUCUGUCCACCUGGAUACGACUUACUGGCGGAUAGUGUGACUUGUAACGAUAUUGACGAGUGCAGUGGCAGUAAUUUGUGCAGCGCAAACAGCACGUGUCAGAACACACUUGGAGGAUACGAGUGCGCAUGUGCAGUAGGAUUUAAGCGUGAGAGUGACAUGCGCACAUGUACUGGACCCAAAAAAGAGAGGUAUAUGGAUUGA